AUGCAGUCUUCAUCUUCCAUCGAAUAUGAGAAGGCGCAGUACACUCAGCAGAUCCUGGACGCUUGGGAGUUGUUGACUCUUGAGGACGUUGUCGGACCCCAGUUGUCGCCUACGACUUGGAGCCUGAGCUUGCUCAAGAAUCUCGCCAUCUUGUGCCGCCAGAAAACCGACCACAAGGAUGCGCGCCGUCUUCUCAAGGCCGAGAUCAAACGGCGGCUUGGAAACGACCCGGUAAAUGGCGUCUCGCACCACGCAUUCCUCGCCGCGGUGGAUGUGCAGAACCUCAUUGAAACCCAGGAAACUCGACGCGCAGGUCGUUCCGGAACCGGCCGGCCCCGAACGUCUUCUCCGCUCCCAGCGACCCUCAAACAGGCCAAGGAGGCCUUCAUGAAGCCUGCGCCAAAGCGUGGCAAUGAUAACGUAUCUUCGAAGGAGUCUGCCUCAACGGGAAAUGCUCCACGAACUCCAUCGCCUAAGGCUCCUCGUGAGCACACGCCUCGUCCUGCCGUAGCGCCUUCUCUGGCCAGCAAGCUUGAAGUUCCUCUCACGCCAACUUCCAUGUCAGGAACGCCCGUCUUCGUCCCGAACCGAGUCACCGCCGACACCGCGUUCCCUGUUUCCGUCAAAUACUCACUGAGAGCGGCAGGCGGAAUUCUUGAGCGUCUGAAGCGAAAGAGAGACGCGUUGUUGGAGGACCUGGAGAGCGAGCUCGAGAGUGAGAGAAAGCGGGUUUGCCUCGAGACCAACAUCGCCGUCAGCAACGUCAGCAUGCGACGCUUCGAGCUCGAUCUUUCCGUGGGGCAGCAGAGGAAGGCUGCAGAAGCUCUCGCCAGUCUUCCCGGCGAGGCUCAACUGCUCGCGAAGCUCGAGCGGAACCAAGAUCUCCGGAACGAUCUGCUUGAGAUUCAGGGCAGGCAUGCCGACUUGCUGGCCCAGAGUCCAGGUCAGAUCGACACGUACGCGGUAUCUCGAGGAUCGACCGGCGACGAUGCGUCAAGCGCGCAAAACACUGUUGGUGGAGCCUUUGAUCUCUUGUUCAGAUGUGUCGAGAGCAAGAUCGCGGCCAUUGAGAUGGAGGUAACUGAGGCAAGGGACAUGCAGAGAUCUGUUCAGGAAGAGCUGGAAAAAUGCAGCGCCGUGGUGCGAAGCAAGGCGGAGGCACUUGACGCCGCCGAGAGGACUCACGCGGGGCUUAUUGCCGACUCCGAGUCUCUCGCAACUGCCCAGACUGGUUUGUGA